GUUUCUUGUUUCAGAAUGGAUUUUAUUUGUCAAUGGAGUCCAGGGAAGUUGUCAAUCUUUCCUGUUUGUGCUUCAGUUGCAGAUGCUAUGCAACAAACUUCUUCUGAAAAAGUUGAGUUUCCCAAAGGCGACACUUGGUCUAUUCAUAAAUUUGGUGGUACCUGUGUGGGAAGCUCCGAAAGAAUUCGGAAUGUUGCGCACGUAAUUAUCAAUGAUGAUUCAGAGAGAAAGUUAGUUGUUGUGUCUGCAAUGUCAAAGGUGACCAAUAUGAUGUAUGAUCUUGUCUGCAAGGCGCAAUCACGGGAUGAUUCUUACAUAGCUGCAUUGGAUGCUGUUCUAGAAAGGCACAAGUUAACAGCCCUGGAUCUACUUGAGGGGGAUGACCUUGCUAGUUUCUUAUUGCAGUUGCAUGAUGACAUCAAUAACCUUAAAGCAAUGCUUCGUGCAAUAUAUAUAGCCGGACAUGCAACAGAAUCGUUUACAGAUUUUGUUGUAGGACAUGGAGAGUUAUGGUCUGCUCAGAUGUUGGCAUCUCUUGUCAGAAAAGUGAGUGGGAUGGAUUGUAAUUGGAUGGACACGAGGGAGGUCCUUAUUGUAAAUCCUAGUGGUUCUAAUCAAGUUGAUCCAGAUUACUUGGAAUCUGAAAAAAGACUUGAGAAAUGGUUUUUGCAAAAUCCAUCUAAGACUGUUAUUGCAACUGGUUUCAUAGCUAGUACACCUCAAAAUAUUCCUACAACUUUGAAAAGCGAUGGAAGUGACUUCUCUGCAGCUAUAAUGGGGGCUUUGUUCAGGGCACGCCAAGUCACAAUCUGGACAGAUGUUGAUGGUGUUUGCAGUGCUGAUCCCAGAAAAGUUAGUGAGGCUGUGGUAUUGAAGACGUUGUCUUAUCAAGAGGCCUGGGAAAUGUCAUAUUUUGGGGCAAAUGUUUUACAUCCCCGAACCAUCAUUCCAGUGAUGCAAUAUGACAUUCCAAUCAUUAUUAGAAAUAUCUUCAAUCUUUCAGCACCUGGAACGAUGAUCUGCCAGCCUUCCGUUAAUGAGUUCGAAGAUGGGCAGAGGCUGGAAUCUUAUGUCAAAGGGUUUGCAACUAUAGACAAUUUGGCCCUUGUAAAUGUUGAGGGAACUGGAAUGGUUGGUGUUCCUGGUACAGCUAGUGCCAUUUUUGGUGCAGUCAAAGAUGUAGGAGCCAACGUUAUCAUGAUAUCCCAGGCUAGCAGUGAGCAUUCUAUCUGCUUUGCUGUUCCUGAGAAAGAAGUAAAAGCUGUUGCUGAGGUUUUACAGUCUAGAUUUCGUCAAGCUCUGGAUGCUGAGCGUCUUUCUCAGGUUGCGGUCAUCUCAAACUGUAGCAUUUUGGCAGCAGUAGGCCAGAAAAUGGCAAGUACUCCUGGAGUCAGUGCUACACUUUUCAAUGCGCUUGCAAAGGCUAAUAUUAAUGUCCGUGCUAUAGCCCAAGGUUGCUCAGAGUACAAUAUCACUGUGGUUGUCAAACAAGAAGACUGUGUGAAGGCCCUAAGAGCUGUCCACUCAAGAUUUUAUUUCUCUAAAACCACGAUAGCAGUGGGUAUUGUUGGAUCUGGAUUGAUUGGUGGCACCUUGCUUGACCAGCUCAGGGAUCAGGCAGCGGUCCUCAAGGAACAGUUUAACAUCGACUUGCGUGUUAUGGGUAUCACUGGCUCAAGGAGAAUGCUUCUGAGUGACACGGGUAUUGACUUAUCUAGAUGGAGAGAUCUUCAAAAGGUGGAGGGAGAAGUGGCUGACCUGGAGAAAUUUGUUCACAAUGUGCAUGGAAAUCAUUUUAUUCCAAAUACUGUUUUGGUAGAUUGUACGGCAGACUCUGGUGUCGUAAGCCGUUACUAUGAAUGGUUGCGAAGAGGAAUUCACGUAAUUACCCCAAAUAAGAAGGCAAAUUCAGGACCACUUGAGCAGUAUUUGAAGUUGAGAGCUCUUCAACGGCAAUCCUAUACACAUUACUUCUAUGAAGCUACUGUUGGAGCUGGGCUUCCAAUCAUUAGCACUUUACAAGGUCUCCUUGAAACUGGGGACAAGAUAUUGCGGAUUGAAGGCAUUUUCAGUGGGACUCUGAGUUACAUUUUCAACAACUUUAUAGGAACACGAGCUUUCAGUGAGGUGGUGGCUGAGGCAAAAGAGGCAGGUUUUACUGAACCAGAUCCAAGGGAUGAUUUUUCUGGAACAGAUGUGGCCAGAAAGGUAAUAAGUGCUAACUUCCUCUGAUAGAAGUUUAUAGCAGUCCAUGAGUGCCUCUGUUGCUGCAAAUUUCAGAGAGCUCUUUUGUGAGUAAAGAUCUCUUUAAUUUCCUUUUGGUAGUGACCUGGAUAUAAAACUAAUUGUGUCCAAAAAAAAAAA